AUGGCCACCCCAUUCGACCCCGCCGCACUCUUCUUCUCAUCCACCGCACCCCCCCCAAUCAGCCGCAACCUCUCCUCCGUCGGCUCAACCGCACCCAGUGCCAUCGGCAUGUCCACCAACCAGAGCGGCCCCACGCCCGAAGCCGAAGACGACAUCAUCCCAACGGCCAUCGUCAUCAAAAACAUUCCCUUCAGCGUCAGACGCGAACAGCUGCUCGCCAUCAUCGAAGACCUGAUGAUCCCCUUGCCCUACGCAUUCAACUACCACUUCGACAACGGAGUGUUCCGAGGGCUGGCGUUUGCCAACUUCCGGUCGGCGUCAGAGGCCGACGCGGCAGUCGCAGGGCUCAACGGCUUCGACAUCAGCGGGCGCAAGCUGCGCGUCGAGUACAAGAAGGUCUUGCAGGCCGGCGAGAAGGAGCGGAUCGAGAAGGAGAAGGCGAUCAAGCGGAUGCGCUCGAUGCAGCUCCAGAAGGAGUCCUCCCUCCUCGACCAGUACAACUCCUCCGCCCAGCAGCAGCAGCAGCAGCAGCAGCAGCCCGCCUCGUCCACCCACAUCUCCUUCGGGAACUACAGCCAUCAUGAGGACGACUUCCGGGGCAUCGCCCACCGGCCCUCCCAAUCCCUCCUGAACCCGAACGCCCAACAACAACACCACCAACAGCAUCCCUUCCUCUCCUCCAGCCACGACCUGACGAGCAGCGCCCAACAAGCCUUCGAAAGUUUCUCGCUCUCCUCCGUCGCCGCGCUGGAUCCCAAACAGCAGUCGUCGAAAGAGCUGGACAUGAACGACCCCCAGACGCUCGAGCUCUACUCGCGGGUGGUGGUGUUCAAGGAGGACAAGCUGCGCGACGAGCUCGCGUUCGCCAAGGCGCUCAGCGGGCCCCAGCGCCGCAUCGUCCACCAGAUCGCCAAGAAGCUCGGCCUCGUCCACCGCUCCGAGGGCCAGGGCGACGAGCGCUUCGUGGUGGUCUCCAAGCUGUCCGGCAGUGCCCCGGCGGCGCCCCCGCGGAUGAUGAGCCGGGUGGCCAGCGCGGCCAACAUGGCCCGCGCCGCCUCCGGCCUCCACCUCUCCUCCGCCCUCCCUCCCCAGCACCAUGCCCACCAGGGGGGACAAUACGCCGGCCCAGGCUCCUCGGCCAGCGCGCUCCGGAUGAAGAAGUCGAUGCCCGACAUGCGCGUCCGCGAGCUCCACUCGGGCGUCUUCUACCCCGAGCCCCGCCCCGACCUCCCCGCGCCCCCCUUCCUCGCCGCGCGCAAGUCCCACCUCAGUCUCCGCGACCCCUCCUCUAAGCAGCCCGGGCUCGCGUUCGCCGACGAGCUCGCCAACGGCGCCUUCCUCCACCACCCCCAGUUCCAGCAUCACCAGCAGCAGCAGGCUUUGGCCUCCCACCAGAUCAUCCGCCAGCCUAAGGGCCCCGAGGGCGGCGCCGGCAAGGGCUUCGCGAACAACAACGCGACUCCGAUCUGUAGACCCGCCGCCGACGACCCUGGACGCGCGUCGUCCAAUGACCUCCUCUGA